ACUCAGGCCAAUCAGCUGUCAGGGGCCCAUGAUAAAUCGCAAUGCAUUAUUGAUAAUCAUAAUUACUCUGACAUGCGCAUUCCGCCCAAUGGGGGUAAUUUCCCAACUCUAGGAAUUUGUUGUGAAGAGGAAAAUAAUUGCUACUAUUUUGCUCCCGAUGCUGGUGCACCAUGUCGCGACGGAAGCAGGCGAAGCCCCAGCACAUCAACUCCGAGGAGCAACCCCCAGAUGCUGCAAGUGGGAGUCCACAAGACGUCCCAGGUGACAGAGAUGGUGAAAUGAGUUCCAAAAGGUGCCGCACGGAGGAAACUAAAAUCUGUGAGAAAUGCUGUGCAGAAUUCUUUGAUCUCUCUGAAUUCCUUGAGCAUAAGAAAAAUUGCACUAAAAAUCCACCUGUUCUAAUCAUGAAUGACAGUGAGGGAACAGUACCUCCCGAAAGCUUCUCUGAAGGUUCCCUAGGGAGCUUUCCAAGUGAUCGAAUGGAUAGCAGGGCACGCAAGGACGUUCAGGCAAAGGGUUGCACUGCUUCUAUGGAGAAGAGAGAAGGAAAAAUGGAUGCUGAAUCAGUAGGAGGAAUGUAUCUUAAAAUAGAGCCCCCCGUCACGCCUGCGGCUCCUGGCCUAAGCUAUCUACCAAAAUCCAAAGUACCAAACACUAACGUGACUUUGCAGACAAUACGUGGCACUAAAGUGGCUGUGAACCAGCGGACCUCCGAUGCCAUCUCUUCUUCAGCAGCCAGUUUUAAUGCUAUCCCCAUGAUCCUGGAGCAGCUCGUGUGUUUGCAGCAGCAGCAACUCCAGCAAAUUCAGUUGACAGAGCAAAUUCGCAUUCAGAUUGCCAUGAUGGCUCCCCAUGCCCUGCAUCCUUCUAUAGCAGCUGCUACUGACCCACUGAAAGCUCUGGGCGCUCACAUGUCUCAGCAGCUUUCGGCUGCUGUUGCUUUAAUCGGACAGAAAUCUGGAAGCCAGAGCCUAUCACUGGAAUCCUUGAAGCAAGGAAAACUACCUCAUUCUAACACUGGUGUUGCGGCCGCCAGCUCGCUGGCUGCUGGGCUUUCCUCUUCCUUCCCCUUGAAGCCAGAGGCAAGCAGAAGCCUCCCUGGCUCCAUCUCUCAGUUCCCAAAUCCUUUGCUACCUCAGUCCUCCAGCUCGGUCAUCUUCCAAAAUCCACUGUCGGCUGUUUCUUCUGUUAUAGAUUCCUCAAAGAAGGGGAAGGGAAAACCUCCCAACAUCAGCGUGUCUGAAAGCAAACCGAAUGCAGAAGAGCCGUUCUUCAAACACAAGUGUAAAUUCUGUGGCAAGGUCUUUGGCAAUGACAGUGCCCUGCAGAUUCACCUCCGAUCCCACACCGGUGAAAGACCCUACAAGUGUAACAUUUGUGGUAACCGCUUUACAACCAAAGGAAACCUUAAAGUGCAUUUUCAGCGUCACAAAGACAAAUACCCCCACAUAAAGAUGAAUCCUUACCCGGUUCCUGAGCACCUGGACAAUGUUCCCACCAGCACCGGAAUCCCGUAUGGGAUGUCUGUGCCACUGGAUGAGUCUAACCUAAUAGUGGAUAGCAAACCUCUCCUAACAACACUGCCUACCUCUGCAGCCACCAGUGCACCUCAGACCAUCUCCAGCCUAGCAGGCAUUAAGGAGUCUCUGCCUGGUACAUUCUCAAGUGACCUGCAGUCAAGGCCUUCUCCAGAAAGUGAGGGUGGCUCUUCCUCAUCAGGGGUGGUUGGUCAUGAAUCGGGAACAGAGCAGAGCUUGAGUUCACCGCGAGCUACCUGCAGCGUGAGCAUCUUCCAUGUAAGUGGGUCAAACGAGCAAGGCUCAGAAACAUCAAAGCUUCAGCAACUGGUUGAAAAUAUCGACAAAUCCACUGCUGACCCCAACGAGUGCCUGAUCUGUCACAGAGUGCUGAGCUGCCAGAGUUCACUCAAAAUGCAUUAUCGUACUCACACGGGAGAGAGGCCAUUCAAGUGUAAAAUCUGUGGCCGUGCCUUCUCCACUAAAGGGAACCUUAAAACUCAUUAUGGUGUCCACAGGGCCAAUACUCCUUUGAAGAUGCAACAUUCGUGUCCUAUUUGCCAGAAGAAGUUUACAAAUGCAGUUGUGUUGCAGCAGCAUAUCCGCAUGCAUAUGGGGGGGCAAAUACCCAAUACACCAAUGCCAGAAAACACCAGUGACAAUACUGAUGUGGAUGCUACUGUGGCUGAGAAGAACGGAGACAUCAGUCGCCCAGAUGAGAUCGUGGAAAGCAUAGAGAUAGAAGAGGACCUGGACUCUCAGGAUGGCCCAAGGAGUUCUUCAAAACCUCCUACUCCGUACGAUGCACAAUCAGAAUCACCAGCCACCACGGCCACCUUCUCUGGUAUUGCAGCACUGGAGAAUCAAAUGAAGAUCGUCAACUCUGCUUUGAACUUGCAGCGACAAAGCAGCUUGAAGUCUAGUGACAAUGGCUCAGCAGAAAGUGAUGGCAUGACAAAUGAUUCUUCUUCUGUGGCAGGAGAUCCAGACUACCAGAAUGGCAGGAGUCCUGCUGCCUCCGAGUCUGCAUCGCUCCAGGCUCUGUCCCCAGCCAACAGCCAAGCUGAGAGUGUAAGGUCGAAGUCACCUAGCUUCAACAAUCAAGAAGAUACAGGCAUGGGAAGUAAAUCAGAGGGUCCUGAGAGCACUUCAGCAGAAAUGGAAGGGAUUGUUGGUGCUUUGGAUUUAACUUAUGGCAAUAUUGGUCGAAAGGUCAUUAAAGAAGAGCCUGGGUUACAUUUUGCAAAUGGAGAAUAUGGUCGAAGUAGUAUUCCAGCUGCUUUUGUUAGAGCUCCCCCAGCCCUCGUAAAAAUGGAGAUGCCCAGUGAGCGUCCCAUUAGCACUAGCCAUUUCAUUGGCCCACCAGCUCUGUCCCCUGGUGUUGCCCCUCUUCUUGUGCCACGACCGAAAUUCUGCCGUCCCGCCAAACAGCACAUCUGCACUACGUGUGGGAAGAACUUCUCCUCUGCCAGCGCCCUUCAGAUUCAUGAGCGGACCCAUACCGGUGAAAAGCCAUUUGCCUGCACCAUCUGUGGGAGAGCCUUCACAACAAAAGGAAACCUGAAGGUCCAUGUAGGCACUCACAUGUGGAAUAACUCUGCCAGGCGGGGAAGAAGGCUCUCGAUUGAUAACCCCAUGGCUCUGCUGGGGAAUGAUCCCAAGAAGGUAUCUGAAAUGUUUCCAAAGGAUAUGAUGCCUCCUUCAGUGAGCAUUGACCCCACAGUAUGGAAUCAGUAUGCAGCGGUACUCAGCAAUGGCAUAGCAAUGAAGACUAACGAGAUCUCGGUGAUCCAGAGUGGUGGCUUACCUACCCUUCCAGUCAGCAUUGGAGGUGGUUCAGCAAUAAAUACUGCUACAGUCUCCAAAAUAGAUGGGACCCAGUCUGGGACUGGUUCUGAUACUGAGAAGGCCAGUGGUGCUGCUGCAGACAAUGUGCCAAAACACCAAUUCCCUCACUUCAUGGAGGAGAACAAAAUUGCUGUUAGUUAAAAACUCUAGUGAAGCUGACGUACAGAAAGAACGAAUAUAUAUACACAAACAUAUAUUUUUAAGAGAUUCCACUUCAGCCUCCUAUUUUCCUAUUGACGUGCAAAUGAUUUUAUGGUUGUCUUUGUAAGAGUUGCCCAGAGUACAAUCAUGAUAUUGCUUUGCAAAUAGUAAAUAAUAAAGUAUAGGAUUUCCUUCUAUUUGGAAAGAUGCGGGUCUUGCAAAGUAGUUCUUACGUGUGAGUAAUGUGUACAGCCUUACAGAAGUUUCUACAACUUGAGAUUCCAAAGGUUAGAAUAUUUACCUCUUAGUUUAGAGUGAAAUACCUGGGGGAUUUGAAAUGAGUGGAAACAACCUACUGUUGACGGAAAAGCUUCUAUUUACUGAUGAGAAAUGAAAACUAUUAAUGCGGGUAAAUAUCCUAGAAUGUCUGGACCCUCUUAGGACUAGUUUUUCUGUUUGGAUUUUUGGCUCUGUGUGGUUGCUGAAUGUACUUUUUACUAUAAUGGCUAUAAAAACUACAAUUUUGUUUUAUUCCUUUUCUGCCUCAGAAGUUCUAAGAAGAGAAAGUUGCUGUUUUUCUUUAAUCAUUGCUCCUAAAGACUUAAUUCUCUGUAUUGUUGACUGCUGCUUAUUUAAUACUACUACUAGGACAGUCCUUCAAAUGUAGUGCCAAAACUCCCACUUCCAAAGAUGUGCGGUUUUUCCUAGAUGUUUUAUUUCAAUGCCGAGAGCCCCAAACAAGCAUGGGUGGGUAUGUAUAUACUUUUUUUUUUCCUCUCUUGAAAGGGAAGGCUUGCCUUGGGAAGUCAGGUCUAAAAGCUCUGCAAGGAAUCUCAGGUGACUGUUGCAAUUGGGCAUGGGAACUGGUUUCCUUAGCAAGAGGCUUUUUGAUUUUGUUUUUAUUUUCAUUUGGGUAAUUUAGAAGAUCAGUCUGUGUAAACCUGUAUUUAAAUAUGAAGUAUUCAUGUUUAGGUUAAAUGUUUUGUGGGUUUUUGGAUGGCAUUCCUUCUCUGGUCAUUAAGUUUCUUGGUGGUCUGUGAAUCUGCAUUCUGCCAAAAAUGGUAAUUAAUGGUCCACGUGUAUUGUAUGAAGGUUGCUGGGAUAGUCAUCUGGAUUCUAAGUUAUCUACCUCAUUUUUUCCUUAUGUAGUUGUAGUGUCUAUUUUUCUAUUAAUGACCACUGUAAUGAACUGAGAUUCAAGCAGAUGCUUCCAUGCACUAUCUGAAACUAAAACCUGAUGUAUUAGUGGAAGCACCUGAAGAUUUACUGGACUGACCUUUCACUAUUCCUCUAAUGUCUGCUGGAAUUGUAUGUGUAAUGGGAUCUAAACCGGACUGGAAAGUGAGUAUUUGGUAUGGAAGGACUGAACGAUGGAAAGAAGUCUAGUUUGUUGACUGCAGGAAAUCUUCAAGUCCAGUCUCCGUUGUGGAAGGCCCAAAAAUGCAGAUUACCAAAAGUUUGUGUAAUGUUGUUGCACCUGAUUCUUGCUUAUGAUCUCUGUAUGCCGAGUUGUGCCUUUCCUGCUGGACUUGUAAGUAAGAACAUACCAGUACCUGUUUACACUGUAAGAUGGAUAUUGUUACAUAGGCCAUGCGAAAGGCAUCCCAAUUGUCAAGUUUCUGCAUUGUGAAUGUAUGACUUUUAAGAACUCUGUAGUUUUGAGUAUCUACUGAUGCGUUUCUGUUGGACAUUUUGAGAAUAAAUUUUGGGAUGGCUUUUUCA